UGGAGUUGUUAAACAGGACUUCCGGUUGGGGUAGGGGCCGGUCGGGUGUUUAUUUUGGGGUGUUUUUGUGAUCUGCACGGCCUGGACACAUAAAAAUGUAUUAAAUGUGGACGGAUUUGGAGUUUUAAAAGGUCCAGCGUUUCUCCUGGGACAUCUUGAUGAACCAUCUUCUGUAUUUCACCACCGCGCGAUCCUCUUGAAGUCUACCUGAACGUUGGGAUCAUGAACAAACAGCCCAGCAAGGAAUCUUCUCUGAAGGACAAGCUGAAGGGUGUGUUUGGACUCACUCCACGCAUCCCCACCAAACAGAAUGAGAGCAGGCCUUCAGAGAUCAUCAUCACCUACGACAUCCUGAAGGAGCUAGCUCCAGAGUGCGGGUUGAGUAACAGAAUCCGGGUCAUCAACCACGUCUGUGACCUCGCCAAGUCCAAGAAGUUUGAGGAGAAUGCUGUGGAGGCGUUAUGGAGGGCGGUGGAGGACAUGAUGCAGCCUGAACAACCACCUGAAGCUCGACACGCGGUGCUUCUGCUGCUCAGAGCUAUAAUUCAGGGACAGGGGGAAAGACUGGGUCCUCUGCCGUACUUCUUUAAGAUAAUUUUAGAUUACCAGCCGAGUAACGAGGACCUGCCUGAGAGGCUCGGGGUGUUUAAAGCACUCACAGAGAACGGAAAGGACGUCACCUACCUGGAGGAUGAGAUAGCUCCUUUCGUGGUGGUUUGGAUGGAAACGGGUUUGACUGCUGAUUUCUUGCACGUUCUGGUCAACCUGGUCAAGUUCAACUCCUGCUACCUGGAUCAGAACGUCUCACUGAUGGUGCAGAAAAUCUGCUUGCUGUGUAACCGCACCACGUCCUCCACAGACAUCGAGGUAGCUCUGCAGGUGUUGGACGCGGUCGUGUGUUAUAACUGUUUGCCGUCCGACUCCCUGACCGUCUUCAUCAUCACGCUGUGCCGAACGGUUAAUGUGAAGGAGUUCUGCGAGUCCUGCUGGAAGCUGAUGAGGAAGGUGUUGGGGACUCACCUGGGCCACAGCGCUAUCUACACCAUGUGCCGCAUCAUGGAGGAAAGGGUGUAUAUGGAAGACGCCGCUCUGUUGAGAGGAGCCGUUUUCUUUGUCGGCAUGGCGCUAUGGGGCGCUCACAGACUCCCCACCCUCAAAAACACACCUACACUGGUGCUGCCUUCAUUCUACAAGGCUAUGAACUGCGCUAACGAGGUGGUGUCCUACGAGAUCGUCCUGUCCAUCACGCGGCUGAUAAAGAAGUACGGAAAAGAACUGCAAGUGGUCACCUGGGACAUCCUGCUGGCCAUCAUAGAGAGACUUCUGCUGCAGAUCCAGAACGCUGGCAGUCCUGAGCUCAAGUCGAUUGUGUUUGAGUUGUUGAGCACGGUGGAAGAGCUCUACGAGCAGAACGACUACCACGGAUCCACAGAACGCUUCUUCAGCCUGGUGGAAAAAUGUGCUGAAAGAAGACCUGAUGCAUCAGUUCUGACUCUAAUCUCGUACCGAGCCCAGUCCAUCCAUCCCGCUAAAGACGGAUGGAUCCAGAGCCUCUAUCGCCUCAUGGAGAAAUUCUUUAGGAAUGAGACGCGCAGCGUGAUCAGGAUCAAAGUGCUGCACAUCCUCUCUUUCGUCCUCAGCACCAACAGGCAGCUCUACGAGGAGGAGCUGAUCGAGGUGGUGGUGUUGCCCCAGCUGGGACAGAUCGCGGAGGACCGGGACCUGUCUGUGCGUAAACAGGCCACGCAGCUGCUGGUGGAUCUCGCCGAGGGCUGCAACACACACCACUUCAACAGCCUGCUGGAUAUCAUCGAGAAGGUGGCGAGUCGUCCACUCUCGUGCUCUAUAGACGGAGAGAGAGAGCUCCUGGCCGACUCUCCCAUGGAGGACGUCAGAACUGCUGUAUUGGGGCUGCUAGAGAUUCUGCAGAGUAAGCUCUACAGUCUGCCAGCCAGUCAUGCGAGUCGAGUGUACGAGUUGUUGAUCAGUCACCUGCAGCUGCACCACAAAAACAAGCACUGCUCCGCCCUCGCCAGCUCCAUACGCCUGCAGGUCUUUGAUUUCUUGUUGUUGAUGAGAGCUGAUUCGCUGCACCGGCUGGGCGUGCCUAAUAAAGACGGCUUCCUGCGCUUCAGCCCUUACUGCUACUGCGAUGUGGGUGGGACAGAGAAACGAGAAACCGAGAAAAAGCCAGCAGGAAGCGUUUCUUCACCAACAGGAAGUCCCGCCCCUGCUGCACCGCCCACCUCGAUUCGUACCGCCUGCCUGCCCUACAGCCUGGCGUUCAGUGUGCUGCUGCAGUGUCUAAAGAUGGAAACAGACUGGAAGGUUUUGAAGCUGGUUCUGGAUAAGAUGCCGUGGAUGCUGCAGUAUAAAGUUUUGCUCCUCACGUCACCGUGCAGCGUAGACCAGCUGUGCUCUACCCUCUGCUCUAUGGUGACGGAUCGUCUGAUCUCUGAGAGGUUAAAGCGAACUCCAGAUGGUUUCUCUCGCACUGAUGUUCAGCUGGCUGUGGUUCCUGUUCUGACUGCCCUCACGUCCUAUCACUCUUAUUUAGAACAGUCCAGACAAAGGGAGCUGGUGCAGUGUUUGGAGACAGGUUUGAUCUAUCGCUGUGCGAAACAGUGUGUUGUAGCUCUGACCAUGUGUACGGUGGAGAUGCCUGACAUCAUGAUCAAACUUCUGCCCGCCCUCAUCGUCAAGCUCACACACAUCUCGGCAACCGUCGCCAUGGCAUCGCCCAUGCUCGAGUUCCUGUCCACGCUGGUCAGGUUGCCUCACCUGUAUGCUAAUUUCGUAGCUGAGCAGUACGUCAGUGUGUUUGCCAUCUCACUGCCCUACACCAACCCCUCCAAGUUUAAUCAGUACAUUGUGUCUCUCGCCCAUCAUGUCAUUGCCAUGUGGUUUAUCCGCUGCAGGAUGCCCUUCAGGAAAGACUUUGUGCAGUAUAUCACCAAGGGUCUUCGAUCGAACGCUCUGCUCCCAUUCGAUGACUCGCACGAGCAGAGCAGCUUCCGGGCACGAAGCACCAGUCUGAACGAGAGGCCUAAGAGUCUCCGAACUGCCAAAGUGGCGAAGCAGAGCCAGAGUGCUAACUCGCCCGUUAAAGAGCUGAAAGAUCUCUCAGCCAUGGACGCCUUCCGUUCCCGAAGCAUCAGCGUUUCCGAGCACGCGGUGCGCAGGAUGCAGACGUCCACUACAACAUGCAGCCUGGGCUCCGCAGACGAGAACUCGGUGAUGCAGGCGGACGACGCGCUGAAGACCGUUCACCUGGAGCUCACGGAGACCUGCCUGGACAUGAUGGCCCGUUAUGUCUUCUCUAACUUCUCCGCCUUGCCCAAGAGGUCUCCCAUAGCUGAGUUCCUAUUGGCUGGUGGCCCCAGCAUGACCUGGCUGGUGGGUAACAAGCUGGUUACCAUAACAACCAGCAGUGGCUCUCGCACCCAGACAUUACUGGGCCUCGACACGUCUGAGAGACCAGGUGGAGGAGAGAUGACCAGGUCAGACCCGACUCUACACACUAGACAAACGAAGGAAGCGCCCGCCAAGCUGGAGUCUCAGUCCAGUCAACAGCUGAGUCGAGCUACACGCAUCAGAGUCCGCUCGAUGUCUGGCGGUCAUGCCCUUCGUGCAGGAGCGGUGCAGAGUCUCAGUCCCCUGGUUUCUCCGUCUGAGGGGGAAUUCGGCUCCCCCCUGGAGGGUCUGAACUGCCCCCGGGGGGACGACGAGCUCCCGCAGUGCUCCUCCUCUUCCUCAUCGCACGCUGCUCCGCCCCUAAGAGACAAGAGCGGCCUGGCCGAGUUCAUCCCCAUGCUCACGCAGGGCUGGGCUCAGAUCUUUAUACGCCGACCAUCAGGAAACACCAGCUGGCUAAUGUGUCUGGAAAACCCGCCAAGUCCGUUCUCCUCCGAGCUGGGAAACAUGCCCCUUCAGGAGCUUUCCAGUGUUCUAAUGGCUAUGGAUGGAGUAAGAGAACCCCAGACAGACGCCCCUUCGACCUCCUCUGUCCCUUCCGAUGCCCCUCCACGUCUUAACAAACCCAGUCUUAUCCAGCGCUCAAACACAGACUCUGUCGUCGUGUUGGAAGAUGGUGGGCGGGGCAAGGCACGAGACUCGGACCCCGAGUCCCCUCAGAUGGAACUGGAGCCUCCGUCCUCAGAGCCUAUUUUCUUAAGCGCUGAUAUGUUCAAGCCUUCCAGUGCUGUGCUGAGCAGGUCCUCCUCCACGUCCAGCCAGGAUGACGACAAGUCGACCCUCGAGGAGGUGAGCGAAGGAGGCAUCCCAAUCGACCACCCCUUGACCUUCUCCACUCCUGGAGCUCCAGAUUCAGACUUGCCCUUCUCUCACUCGCAGACUUUAAACAAAUCCAGCUCCUCCCCAGAGCUCCAGACCCUGCCUGAGGCCUUUGCUAGAGCCACGGGUUCCAUGGCUGGUGCAGUAGAUCUGCCCAGGUCUAGGAGCCCUGCCGAGGGGAAGAGCGUUCCAGCUCAGGCUUCAGCUGAGAGAGAAACCCUAGAAGUAGAGAGUGUCGGAUCAGCAGGACCUCAGAGCUUGGCCACCAGUAUAUCUACAUCUUCCUCAGCCUCCAGGAUGAAGCUGGAAUUCCCGAGCACCCAACCAGGAUCCCUGUCACCUAGUGGGCACAGACCUCGAGGGCACACCAUCUCCGUUUCUGCUCCCUCGUCACGGAGGGAAAGGAAGUCUGACCGUGACUCCUACCACAACCGAGGAGGCGUGUCUAAUGCUGAGAAGAGUUCCGGCUUGAGUCCAAGUUUUGUUUUUCUCCAGCUCUACCAUUCGCCUUUUUUUGGCAAUGAAGCCAACAAACCUUUGCUCCUGCCCAAAUCUGAGGUGAUCGACCGAGCGGUUAAAGUGCUGGAUCAGAUGCCGCCAUACGACACUCAUAAGAUAGGCGUGGUGUUUGUGGGGCCCGGACAGGCGAAUAACGAGGUGGCGAUCCUGUCGAACGAGUACGGUUCCAAUCGUUACGCUCGUUUUCUGACCGGUCUCGGGAAGCUCAUCCACCUGAAGGACUGCGAUCCGGACCAGAUCUUCCUGGGGGGACUGGACCACGGCCGCUAUGCUGAUGAUGGAGAGUUCACCUACUGCUGGCACGAUGACAUCAUGCAGGCUAUUUUCCACAUCGCCACUCUGAUGCCCAACCGAGAGAGCGAUAAAAGCUGCUGCAACAAGAAACGUCACAUCGGGAACGACUUCGUGGUGGUGGUUUAUAACAACUCGGGCGAGGAGUACAAACUCGGCACCAUCAAAGGUCAGUAUAACUUUGUGGAGGUUCUCAUAAAGCCCCUGGACUAUGACAGUAACCUGGUGACGCUGCAGUGUCGGAGAGACCUUGAGGGUUUAGUCGACACCACUGUAGCGAAGAUCGUAUCGGAUCAGAACCUUCCUCUGCUGGUGAGACAGAUGGCUCUGCACGCUAAUAUGGCGUCACUGGUGCACCAGUACAGAGCAAAUCCAUCCGACGCCUACGCUUCUAAAUGGCUCGCUCGUCUCCGACACAUCAAGAGGAUCAGAAGUCGGGCUCAAGAAGAGAUCCAGUCCCGGCCGACCCCUGGAAUCUCACUGACGCAGAGCCACACCCCCAUGCAGAACAAACCCACCCAUCAAUCUUCAGGCUCCGCCCCCAACUCUGACUGUGGCCAGAGGAAGCGUCUGGUUUCCACAGUCGACGAUUUCACUGAUUUUGUUUAGGAUUCAUUUUUACAUGCUGCCAAAUAUAUUAUUAUAAUUAUUCA